AAAAUAAUAUGAAAUUGAUGAAAAAUGUAACUGUAGUUGACAAGUCAUAAAAAGGUUCCUUGAUGAGGACCAAGACGAAAAUCAAGGUAUUAAUUCCAACAUUGUCGCCUGAUUCAGAUGGUUUAUCCAAACUUGAGUCUGUUUUAAAACAGGCUUAAUCCUUGUUCUCGUUUAUUUUCUUGGAAAAAAGCUAACAAUACUUCUAGAUAGAGCUCAAGCGCCAAGUGUCUUCGUUUUGCGCUGUAUCUUAUUUCUGGACAGUGGAAAGGUGCUUUCAAAACUUUUCCACUAUCCGGGUUUCUUUUAUCAGAAAAAAUCCUUGCCACAAAAUUUGACCUUGCCACCAACUCACUCGCAAUUGGUGCUAAUAAAAAACACUUUCGCAAUCCUGCAAGUCUGACUGCAGUUACUGGAAGAGGCUGCAAAGUGGCAAGCACAGAAAAGCAAACAGGGGAGUAAGCUUCCUAUCUAUGUUCAACCUUCAUAUUAUUGAUUUUCCAGAUCCCAGAGAAAUUACAAUCUUGCGUCGUGAAUACAAGGUCUAUUAGAACCACAUGUGACAGUUUUAUUUGAUUACAUAAUAUCAAAAGGGGCUGACAUGUGCGUGGUCACAGAAACAUGGUCAAAACAGUAUGACAAUGCUGUUAGAGCAGCUUGUCAGUCAGAGGGCUACACUUUUUUAGACAAACCAGGAUCUUCAGAUCUAAUGGGUAGGGACACUGCACUCCUAUCCGUAAAUUAAUUGAAUGCAAAGAAUUAGAUGCAGGAGAAACCAAUUUAGAGAGUUUACGAUUCAGGAGAGAAUAUGAGUAUGUCUCCAGCUCCAUCCCACUGUCGUGUCGCCUUCCUUCAACUGGUCCAAACAAAUUAGCAAUUAUACCAUUGGGUGCAACAACUGACUGAAACUUUAUCGCAUGUACUCUCUUACGCCCAUUGUAAAGUACUCGUUGGUUUUGCUUUGGCCUACAAAUAGGUCGCACAGUACCAUUGAUGAAACCCCAGCAGUUAUCGAGAGCAGCGCCUUUCUGGUAAAUUGCAUCUGCACAUCUUUGUAAAUUUUCUUUUGAAAGAAAAGGCUGGUUUAGACUUCUCAAGAGCUGUCCGUGUGUGUCAACCAUAAAGUCAAUCACUUUAUUUGUUAUCAUGCAGAGCUUCUGUGAACCGGCCUACCAAACCUCGGUACUAAGUCUGCAUAUCGACAAGGAUAUGCCAUAUGUUUGAGACAGGUGCACAGAGCUUCGAUGGAAUCGACAACAACGCCAUUCGCACAUCGAAAUUCCUCGGGGAGACGAAGUGCAACGGCAAGGUUAUAAAUGUCCUCCUUCUUAAAACGAAACUCGACCAAACAUUCGCUUUCUUCCAUGUCCUCUAAAACAAAACGAUCGUGAUUUUGAUACGGUAGCAUACCGUGAAGAUUAUUAUUAAUGGCGUUGUAGAAAAUCAGAAGUUCUUCGUCAUCCAAGAGUCCUGCAACAUGCAACAUUGUAAGUUCUUCCGCCAUUUUUAACACGAAUUUGAUUUUGGCGCCAAUGCUGCGUAUUACAAAUUAGGUCGUGAUUCGUAACAUGUUUUGUGACUACGGGCGGGAAGGCAAAACUAGUGCACAGACCUCUUUGAGUAGUCGGAGUGACCCACGUAGUGGAUCGUAAACCAAUAUUCAGAGUGGUUGGUUACCGAGGGAAGCUCCAAUCUUAGAUUAUCAAUAAUAUACCGGCCACCAUACUCUGCAUGUCCAUCACCCAGUCUUUUUUAGUUUUUUUCAGUGGGAUAUUUUAAGUAUUUGCAGCCAGCAACUGAUCUUGUGUGCAGAGCCACUCCUAAUGAUUUUAAACUAGACGCGUCGAAGAGAACUGGGUCGAGAAUUGGGGCAAAAAAACCAUGCGUGUUGUGUUGUGUUGUGAUUUCUUGGGUUUUUGUUUUGCGAAAGAGCAGAGUUUACUUCGUUGGCCUGAAUUCAAUCAAAUCGUGGGCAUUUUAUCAAGAAAUAAUAUUUUUAAAAGCUACUGAAAUAGAUCAGCGUUAACAAUCAAAGUCUUUAAAUUAUUUUGUCACUUUUGACAUCGCUUUGAGAAAAAGGGAAGGCUUAGGUAUUAAGGCCUAAAAACUGCAAAGCAUACAGAAUGCAGCAGCAAGGAAAAUAACCGAUAUAAAGAGUUAUGAUCACAUCACACCCGUAUUAAAGGAGCUGCACUGGCCUCCUUUACAACAAAGGAUUGAAUUUAAGAUAUUGCUGCUAACAUACAAGGUACCGAAUAACAUGGCCCCGUCUUACAUUGCAAAAAUGUUUGUAUAAGGUUUUGAUGGGUCACAAAAUUUUGCCUGAAAAUAGUGGAAAGCCUCCAUUCCCUGCACAACAUAUACGUUAUGACCACUCCAAUUGAACAAUUUUCACAAUGUUUUCGAUAUUUUGUUAACUUCCUUUAGAGGUUUUCUAUCCGAUUUUGGAUAUCCUUUUUUGAUUCAGGCGUAGCUUAGAAAUCCUCUGCGAAGGAAAACUAAGAUAUCGUUUUACAAGUAGGCUUACAAUUUUUGUUUGCAAACGAUUGAAAACUGCCGUGAGUUUUCAUUGUUCCUAUUUGAUCAAGAUGAAAACGAAAGUUUGACUUGGCCUUCACAGAUCAAGCAACCAGAUCAAGCAACCAGAUCAAGCAACCAGAUCAAGCAACCUUUGUUAGCUUUCCAGCGGUGUACAGUGGCCUAUGCGUCUGUUUUAUUUCACUCAUUGUUGUUUUUAUCAAGUUUUAUUUACGCAGACAAUUUAUUCGUUUAUUUUUUUUUAAAUUCAUUACCCGGAAGAUUUAGAUUUACUGGAUCAAAAUAGAUGCUUUAGAAGCUAUUAAUGAAAAAAUUUCAGAGCUUAAUAAUUAGGUUCACGACGCUCUCCAGCUUUAUUUGUUUGCGAUUUGCGCACGCUCAACGACUGCGCUCGUUCAUUUAUAAAUAAACCACGACGAUAUUCAAGCCGGCGGUUCCUACUACGUUCCUCAUUACUUGCUUUGUAUGGCAGAGUACCGUGCUUCAUGAGCAAUCUGAAGAAGAUUGAUGUUUCUCCGAUGCAUAAUUGCACCUGUUAUGAUUUGAAGUUCUAAAUGCGUGUUAUAGAGUCCUGGGUCGUUUAGCCUUAUUCCAUCUGUCGAUUGGACGCGGCGAUUACAAGAAUUUCGUUCACUGAUUUGCAUCAAUUCAGUUCGCUUUUAGCGCUGCUACUAACCAUAGGAAGCCUGCUGUACGGCGACGAACAUCUUCAUCUCCUAUUUUUCUAUGCUCGAGUUGUUCCGAGUGAUUUCAAAUGCUUGGCUGAGCGAGUUGUGAGGUGCCUUUAUCGAGCCAGCUGCGACGAUGAAUCUGAGUAUGAAAAGCAUUUUCCCAGCUUUACUUUUUGUUCUGCUGCAUUGUCGGAUAGAAGCAGGAAGGAACUUCUUGAAAGACAGACUGGUACGGUACAGCGCAGUUCCCGAGGGAUCAAAAGUAACUUUAGUUGGCCUGCUCCAUGAGUCACAUUAUGAAGUUUGUUCUAAGGUGUGGUUAAAAGCGGAGCAACCAAUUCUCAUACAGAGUUCGUCAAAAUACACUUUUCUAAAUAGCGACACAACACUGGUGAUUCACGACUUUUCAGCUGCAGAUGUUGGGCCAUAUUUAUUCAUCUAUUCAAGAAACAACAAAAGCGAUCGUGUUGUUUUCGAAUUGGAAUUGAUAACCAUGCAAGGACAGCAUUGGUACCAAAAAGACUCGAAGCACGUUGGUACCGUGAUCGGAAUGUUAUUUCUCUUUCUGAUCAUCCUGGCCCUCGUCUACUACUGUUGUAGCAAGGACGUUGAUACGGUUUUUCCUUCACUGCAAUUUAGAAAACUGGCAUUACAAAGUCACCCUUAUAACAUUCACAACGACAAUAUCUACAGCGGUGGCAUUAACUUUUCACCUGGUGUUCAUGUGGCAAACAAUAAUGGUAGAAGAAAGACUUCAAAGGAAGUAAGGAGAGAAUCAUUGAACAUGUUGGGAAUCGCAUCUAGACGAAAGUUGACGAAAAAGUACAAGAAAGAUAAAAGAAACAAGGAUUUAGCAAGGAGAGUCUCACUGUCAACAGUGAUAUCUCCACCAUCUCCUACGUUUCUAUAGGGAACCAAAUUUUAGAUUUCGUAGCUCAUUUCUUGUUUGGGGCAGGUUCCUCUAACUUAUGAUAAGAAAACUGGGUCAAGAUUUACUUGUUCUUUUUACCCUCAGAGGAUAAUUGAGAAAAUCAAAGGAUAGGAUACCCUUUGAUUAAUAUGGUAGUAAUAUAAAGUAGUAAUAUGGAUAAACAUAUUACUACUUUAAACGUGGUUUUACCAAAAAGAGAUAAAUUAUCUUUCAUAUUCCACUGCUUUGACAAGACUCAUCUUGUAAAUACACCGUUUCAGCCACGUUUCUCCUUCGCAGAGGACAUCCUCAGUUGAUAAAGAACUUACAAACCGGUAAUCAAAGUUUCCCGCCCUAAAGUAGUUCUCCUCUUCAUUUCCGUCUGAGUGUAAAUCAAUAUAUUUGACAGAUUGGUGUGGGUAUUUGUCCAAGUUUUUUUUUUCAAUUGUCCCUAAGAGUACUAUGAUAAAUCCUCCCUUUCCUUAACUUGCAUCUAAGUUUAAAAAGGAUCAUAUCCUCACAACGUGCAUUCGUAACGGGGUGCUUGACGAUAAAUCUAGAAAUUAUGAAAUAUGUUCAAAAUAUAAAUAUUAUUUUGUUAGAAGAUACUAGACUAUUUUUUAUCUGCUUCUUUUGGCUGCUUACGUCACAGCUUUGAGCCCAACUGCCACGCUAUCUGCUAUUCUGCCCUUAAGGCAAUUCAAGCAAAGGGGGUUUUCAACCCAACAUCAAUUGGUGCGCUUUAUUUUUCUGCAGAUUUUCCAAGCAGGUGUGUAGAUUAAAAAGACAAACCAAUUGACCAGAAUCUAUAAAUAGUUGAAGAAGCAAGCUGCUUUUUCAUUUCGGUUUUUUGUAUCGGUCCAGCAAGGAAAAAAUCAACGUUUGUGGUUUAACUUUAUGAAGAGUUAACUACACAAACAAGAAGUUUGAGAUAAUAUAACUAAAGUUACAUAUUGACUUGCUACAAGUGUUUGUUCUGGGUUCUUUCAAAGGCUAGCGCUGCCUUUCCGAACCUCUACUGCGAAGGAGCAGAAAUGAUAGGGCAUCCGGUGAUUCCCUUCAGCAACUCAUAACAAAGACUUGUAGGAAGUCAAAGAUUCGGAUUAUUAGCAAGAAUCAUCAAAGAAAUCGGUUUUCCAUAUACAUUACGUCAUCAUUUAUAUAAGUUUACUAGCUUCAUUACGUCAUCAUAGAUAUUGGUUUACCCAAAAAAUAUUUUUUGAUUACGUCACACUUGGCUCCUCUGUUGGUUUACCGGCUGCAUUUUGACACCGUAGGCGAUUUCAAUCUGAUACACUCUUCUUGUACCUUUUUAUAAAGGCAAUUGAUAAAGAGUGUCUUUCGUAAUGCAAUACUUUUCACAAAGUGUACUUUCAACUUUUAUGUUUAUCUUUCAUUGCAUCUGAGCAAUAAUUUUAUACUAGUCUAUCACGUCUCCUUUCAAUUUCCCCAUGGAUGUUAUGUUUAAUUGCUUGUGAGAGUUUAGUUCACUUCGUUUGAAGCUUUUAAUUCAUUUCUAUACAUCAUACAGAAUAUUUAAAUUUUCACAGAACUUCUUCGCAGAUUGAAAUGGAUAAAGGAUUUAUUUUUCUUGAUAUUCAAGCUGUUUUGCUCGUCGCAACGCCUAAAUAAGCUUGUAAUUGAUCAGGGAUGGCUUUCACAUUUCAUGGCUGAAAUCUACACUAUAGUUUAAUGUAAUCAAAGCAGUUAAGUCACACGGCUAUUUUGCAUAAGUGGCUGAGCUGAGUGCAGAAAUGCGGAUGAACACGAUGCGACCUGGGUUCUUUUUUGCUGUCCUUUUUGCUCUUUUUUGGUUGAUUGAGGAAACCAAUAGCAAGCCUGACAAAACAAUGCUAUUCAUCGGAAAGACAGUAUCCACCAGCUCGCUGCCAUUGAUUUUUUCCUGUGAUGUCGACAAUACGUACAACUAUAUCCAAGUUGGAGGCAUCACAGUUGAUGGAAACCCGAUUGACCCUGCAGAGCAGGUUGCUGCCCAAGAGGAAUGCAUGAAACAAAUUACCAAUCAAGCCGGAAAGGUUGUGGGGAAAGCGAGAACAACUUGUGAAAUCUGGUUUAGGCCGGAUUUUCAGUUGAAUUCAACCAGUUCUUUGUUUGCAAUUUAUCAAUGUUAUGCUUCGAAACCUGCUGCUGCAAAUAUCACGUGGGCGAGGCCAAAGCAGCCAAAAGAUGAGCUGAGAACAAGUUCCCAGGUCAUGAGCAAGAACUCUGUUUUGAUGUGCACAGGUGGGAACUCUCUGAUCGACAUUCGCACCGUAACAAUAAACAAUGAAGCUGUGAACACAACCGAAUUUCCAGAACUUGAUAUCCAUAAACUGUCCACGAAGUGCUACAAAGAGACAAUCGGAAAUUCAAUAGCUAAUUCUAAGGCAGCUGCUAAAUGCACAAUCGAAAAAGAUUCUGCUCACGAUGCUGUUCUGACCAUUCACUAUACUUGCAAACUGCCGCCUGUUGUCACCGAGGUCGAAAACGUUUUCGUGAAAGUUCCAGAGAAUGAAACGCAACCAACCCCAACGCCACCCAGAAAUAUUUCAAAAGAGAAUAGUUGCUUGAACACAAGACCAUGCCUGGCUGGAGGCGUUUGCAAAUUGCCCCUCGGGUCCUUGGCCUACAAAUGCGACUGUGUCAAUGGAAGAACAGGAAUUAUUUGCGAGUUAAUUCAAAGACCAUUUGAAGCGUACCUUUACUUCACUGAUUUGAUGUUUAUGGGGAUGACUCUUAGUCCAAACGACUCACACACUGUCUCGCAGCUGAACAACCACCAGUCACAUAUUUACAAAUGGAUGGUGAAAUCAUUGGAAGCUGAGCUUAAAGACCUAUUUCUGAAGGUGGACGAGAGAACUGAAAAUGUUGCAGUCACAAACAUAAGCACUGGUAUUUUCAUCAAGGCCACAUUUUCGUUGUACAUGUUCCCUCUGGGACAUUUUCGGUUGCUGACCUUUCUAAGAAGUUCAAUCAUCUAUCUGGUCGUUACAUCACGGGGUCUGGAAUCAACUCAGAAAUCACAGCUAUCACUAUUAUAGAAGUCAACGAUUGCAGAAGUACUCCAUGUAAGAACGAAGGCGUUUGCACGAUGAAUGUAAACGGAAAAUAUGAAUGUAGCUGCAGAGCUGGAUUCAAUGGCAUAUAUUGCGAAGAAAACACCGAUGACUGUGAAGGUAACCAAUGCCAGAAUGGAGGUACCUGUGUUGAUGAAAUCAACUCUUACUCUUGCCAAUGCAAUCACAAAUUCGUUGGAAUCUUUUGUGAAAGGGAACUACUUCCAGUCGAUAGUAGUCUGGGUCAAAAGGACUUGCACGAUGGAGAGACACUGAUCAAAGAAUUAGCCAAAACUAUUGACUGAAUAUUCUAAUUUCAGCUAUGUUCAAUUAUUUAGUUGUUAAGUUAAACAGAGAAAGAAAUUUAUUUGUGUUAUGCUAGUUGUAACAACAGUAACCUUAGGGAGAUAUUCUUGAUCAUUUCUGCUUCGGUCAGAUGAGUACCUUGCUACACAAUGCCUUAAUGUUUUUGCUUUUUAUAGUCAAUAGACACUUGAUUGAUAUCAUAAAAACGUUCAGAUUUAAUCAAAAGUUUGUCAUCAGUUAAUCUAAUUACUAGAAAUAGCUCUUGCUAGUACUGGCCGCAAACAAUUAGUUCCUUGAUAAUGAUUGUUUUGAAAAUUUAGGUCAGGAUAUUCGAAGAAGACACCAUCUUGGGUUUUCACAAUUUUAUAAAAACAGCUGCUCUAGUUGAUGCUAAACUAUUCUUUUUAUCAAGAAUUUUUGGUGUCCAGUUUGCCUUUGAUUCAAGUCCAACGCCCUUUUGAAAAUCAUGACGUUUUUCUAGGAUUUGACAUUUAUUUUUCGUUUUCGUGAAGCAAAGACGUAUGAAAAUGGACACGUGAUAGAACGGGUACAGCUAAAAUAGAUUGUGAUAAAGGAUUCGUACAGCGAUGUACAGGAGAUAAUCACGACAAUCAUAACUUUUGCUCGUACGGUGUCGAGUUUUUGGGAGAAAGGUGUGGCAUUCGACUGGUUUUGAUUCCCAAAACUUCGAAUCAAAACUUCCAUCCAUUGCAGAGAACCGAGCUGUGAUGCAGCACCGUUUUCGUGCCAAAAAAACCGAAGGCCUUUAACAGAGUCUUGGCAGAGCAACGCUCCGAAGAUAAUUCCCUUCCGCACAAAGAGGUGGCGGUUAACGACCUCCUCGACAAAGCCGAUUGAUUGACAAUGAAAUUGAUUGACAGUUGUCAUGGCAGCAGAAAAGUGACAAAAUCUGCUGACAAAGUGCUGACAUUAUGAACUGAAGCUUCCAUAUGCUACUUAUACGCGGGGCAGACUAUAAGCCCUUCACUC